CGCUAAGCCCCUAGGGGUAACGUCACUCCCCUGGCAUAUCAGCCCCUGUCCUCUAGUCGUCCACCACAUCACCACAGAGAACGUCAAGAUCGCAUCCAUCUUCAACUAGAAAUGGUUUACAAACUACAUCUGACCCAGGCAAUCCUCCCCGAUUCCGUGCGUAUCGGCAAGGAGUCAUUCAAAUGCUCCGGUAUGCAUGCAGGCUAAAGCGUAUUCUUGUGAAUUUGGGAAAGGUCAUUUAAAGUGGAAAGUACGUGUGCGUCGAGAAGGCUAUGAUUUGUGACAAAGGACAUAUAAAGAAGAGGAAGCUACAACAGUAACUUCAGGUCUCAUUGCGAAAGCGCCUUUAUACAAGACCACGGAAUAAUCAUGCCUGUUCGGAGAGGUCACGUUGCGCCACAAAAUACAUUUCUUGGAAUAAUAAUACGGAAAUUCGAGGGACAGAAUAGGAAAUUUGUUAUAGCCAAUGCCCGGGUACAGAACUGUGCGAUCAUCUACUGUAAUGACGGCUUCUGUGAGAUGACCGGCUAUUCCAGACCGGAUGUCAUGCAGAAGCCGUGCACCUGUGACUUCCUCCACGGCGAUCACACGGACACACAUGCCAUCAGCCAGGUGGACCAGGCUCUGAUGGGCUCAGAGGAGCGCAAGGUGGAAAUCACAUAUCACCGCAAAGAUGGGUCAGACUUCCAGUGCUACACUCACAUAAUCCCGGUGAAGAACGAGGAAGGCGUAGUGAUGCUGUUCAUCCUAAACUUUGAUUACGUCCUUGAGGAAGGAAGCAGCGACUCGACAGAGAAACUGAACCACACAUCCCCGGAAAGAACUGAUUCCAGAAAGGGACGAUUCUUCCGAUUCCGCCAGGCUGCCUUGAGUCUGGUCUCCAACAAACAGUCUCUUCCACAAGAGGACCCAGAUGCCGUCAUGGUGGACUCACCCUCCUCCUCGGUGGCUCUGACCAAUUUCCAGUCGCCUCCGACCAAGGAAAACUGCAGCCCCACCAAUGCCAAAGACACACGGGCCCUCAUCAGCUCCAGCCACCACUCCUCCCAGGCCAGUUUGCAUGGACCCGGACCCCUGAGCCACUCCUCUCCCAAGCAGUACCCCUGGGAAAGGCUGUACCAGACYGAGGCGCACCAGUCCACCACCUGCCUGGCACACACCAUCUCCAGAGGCAGCAUCAGCGGGAGCAGCAUGAGYCGAGCGUCCUCCGUCCACGACAUAGAAGGCUUCAGCAACUCCAAGAGCAUGUUCAGGGACCGACACGCAAGUGAAGGUCCGUUCAAUCAUUUCAAGUCCAGUUUGCUGGGCUCCACCUCGGAGUCCAACAUCAACAAGUACAGCACCAUCAACAAGAUCCCGCUGAUUGCGCUCAACUUCYCAGAGCGGAAUAARGAAAAUAAGGCACAAUCUCCUCCAUCGUCAGAAAACACUAUCAUAGCACCCAAGGUCAAGGACAGAACGCACAACGUCACUGAAAAAGUCACACAGGUACUGUCACUUGGCGCUGAUGUCCUUCCGGAAUACAAGCUCCAGACUCCACGCAUGGACAGAUUCACCAUCCUCCACUACAGUCCCUUCAAAGCUAUGUGGGACUGGCUCAUCCUGCUGCUGGUCAUCUAUACAGCCAUCCUUACUCCCUACUCUGCUGCUUUCCUACUCAAUGACCGCGAGGAGCAAAUGAGGCGCGAGUGUGGAUACUCCUGCAAUCCCCUGAACGUGGUGGAUUUCAUGGUGGACAUCAUGUUCAUCGUUGACAUUGUUAUCAACUUCCGGACCACCUACGUGAACCUGAACGAGGAAGUGGUCAGCCAACCAGGGAAGAUCGCCAUUCAAUACUUCAAAGGCUGGUUCCUUAUAGACAUGGUGGCUGCGAUKCCCUUUGACCUGCUUAUCUUCGGUUCAGGAUCAGAUGAAACCACCACUCUGAUUGGCCUGUUAAAGACAGCCCGACUGCUGCGAUUGGUGCGUGUGGCCAGGAAACUGGAUCGUUACUCUGAGUAUGGAGCUGCUGUGCUAAUGCUACUCAUGUGCAUCUUUGCACUUAUUGCUCACUGGCUAGCCUGCAUAUGGUACGCCAUUGGCAAUGUGGAGAAGCCUUACCUGGAGCACAAGAUUGGUUGGCUCGACAAUCUGGGGGUCUCCAUUGGCAAGAGGUAUAACUACAGUGACCCUAGUUCUGGGCCCUCCAUUAAGGACAAAUAUGUCACAGCACUUUACUUCACGUUCAGCAGUCUAACCAGCGUGGGCUUUGGGAAUGUCUCCCCAAAUACCAACUCAGAAAAGAUCUUCUCCAUCUGUGUCAUGCUGAUCGGCUCCCUCAUGUAUGCCAGCAUCUUCGGUAACGUCUCAGCCAUCAUCCAGCGGCUGUACUCUGGCACGGCCAGGUACCACACCCAGAUGCUGCGGGUUCGAGAGUUCAUCCGCUUCCACCAGAUCCCCAACCCGCUAAAGCAGAGACUGGAGGAGUACUUCCAGCACUCCUGGACCUACACCAACGGCAUCGACAUGAACACGGAGGUGUUAAAAGGAUUCCCUGAGUGUCUUCAGGCAGAUAUCUGCCUCCACCUCAACCAGGAUCUGUUGGAGAGCUGCAAGGCCUUCCAUGGAGCUACCAAGGGCUGCCUGAGAGCCCUGGCCAUGCGCUUCCAGACCACCCACGCCCCCCCAGGGGACACCCUGGUCCACUCUGGAGACGUCCUCACCGCACUUUACUUCCUGUCUCGGGGCUCCAUAGAGAUCUUGAAGGAUGACAUUGUGGUGGCCAUUCUGGGUAAAUGCAGUUGA